AUGUCUUCUACGGAGUCCGACGACGAAUCCGAACAGUCCAUGACAUCUCAUCAGUAUUCGACUCGUCCCGACUGGGCUGAUGUUGUACCAAUCGAACAAGACGAUGGUCCCAAUGCUGUCGUUCAAAUAGCGUAUUCAGAUAAAUUUCGCGAAGUAUUCAACUAUAUUCGAGCAUGCAUGCACGCAAAUGAAAUGAGCGAACGAGCACUUGAAUUGACAAAAGAUGCUUGUUACCUAAACCCGGCUAACUAUACUGUUUGGUGUUAUCGCCGUAAACUUUUAUACCAUCUUAACUGUGAUUUGAACGAAGAAAUCGCUUUUGUUGGAAACAUGAUUCGUAAUAAUCCAAAAAAUUACCAAGUCUGGGAACAUCGUCGUAUCAUUGUGGAACGUUUAAGUCAUCCAUCGAAUGAACUAGCUUUUCUUGCUGAAGUGAUUCGGAGUGACUCGAAAAACUACCAUGCAUGGCAAUAUCGACAAUGGUUAUUGAAAACCUAUGGACUGUGGGCAGAUGAGUUGAUGUAUGUUGAACAUUUAUUACAAGAAGACGUUCGAAAUAACUCCGCAUGGAAUCAGCGCUACUUCGUUAUUUCGCAUACGACCGGUUUUAAAGAUGAUAUUAUUGAGCGAGAAUUAGAUUUCGUCCUCAAAAGCAUUGAAUUCAAUCCCGAUAAUGAAAGUGCAUGGAAUUAUUUACGUGGCAUAGCACGAUUCCGUUCGACAAACUUAACGGAUCAACGUCUAUGGAAAUUCUGUCAAAACUUGUACGAGAACAAAUAUCUUAAAGAUGAUUUUAACUGUCAACAAUGGCGAUUCUUAUUCGCGUAUAUGAUCGAGUUAUUGGCUGAUGAUGACCGAGCGGACAAGCAAGAAGAGAAUAAACGAAUGAUUACCGAUCUUUGCGAAAGAUUAGCGACGAAAAUCGAUCCGAUACGAAAAAAGUAUUGGCAGUAUAUUCAACAGCAACAUAGCACUCAAUGA